AGGCGAAACCACCUGUUGCAAGCAUGGCGAGCGAAGACGUCAGUGAUGCCCGGGCCAUCCUGGAUCUCAACUUCCAGUCUCUGGCUUCCAAGCACAUGGACCUCAAACAGGUGGAGCUGGACACGGCAGCCGCAAAGGUGGACGAGCUCUCCAAGCAGCUGGAGUCGCUCUGGACGGGCAGCCCCGGGCAGCCCGGCGUGCCACAGAAGGGGGACAGGCUCAGCACCAGCCCCUGGCCCUCGCAAGACACACCGGGCAGGACGGUCCCCAUCACCGUCUCCCCUUGGAAGAGCGCUUCCCUGGACUCAGCCGAGAACUACUCUUCCUCCUAUGCCUUCAGCGAGAACGCUGCCAGUUUCUCGCCGGGGGCUUCCUACGGCUCCUCACCCAACCAGCUCCUCCCAGCCAAGUCCACGCUGGGCCGGCCCACCUCCCCACGGCCUUCCAUCUUCCUCCAAUCGGACCUGGACCGAACCUCGUCCCCCCGGCCGAAGGUGCUGCCGGUCCCUUACGAGUCGGUGCCCAGCUCCACGGGCCAUCCGGCCUCUCCUCGCUUCCUCCGGUCAGCUGGAUCCUUGGAGCGCCAGUACGAUUACAAGCCCUAUACCGGGCCGAUGGGCCGAGCUGGGUCUCCGCGGCUGCCCUCAGAGGGCUCCGAGUCUCCGACGUUUUUUGUAGACCGAACGCCAUCUCCGCGGCCGCCUCUGCCUCCACCGUAUGAAAACCACAGCAUGUACCCUUCCAUGCCGAGCGGCUUCCCACCCUUCCGGGCUCAAGACGAUUUGGUGAUUCGGAGGAGAGCUCAGAAAGGGUGGAACGAAUCUGAUCUGGAUGUGGCGUAUGAGAAAAAGCCGUCCCACCCGGUCAGCUAUGAAAGAGGAGACCCUCACGGGGGGCUCCGCCAGAGUGGGGCAGGGUUACCACUGGCUCCUUGGAGGGAAUCGAGUUUAGACAGUGGGAGCGUUGGGCAAGGAAAGGAGGAGCAUUAUGGGAUGCACAGCUCCACUUUGCCGCGGAACUACAAGGUUUCCCCACUGGCCAGUGAGCGCCGCUCCGAGAGCUCCUUCCGCCGGUCCCUCCCUGCCAACCAGACAGGCACCCUGCCCCGGAACUGGCAGUUUGCCCAGCAGCCCAUCUCUCGUAUCCCCAUGCCGCCCCCCAGCCCCCAGGGCAGCCGCCCCAAACGUCACAAGCCCCUGCCCCUCUCCAUGAUCUUCAGGCUGCAGAACGCCUUCUGGGAGUACGGGGCCUCGGGCACAAAGCUCCCCCUCUCCCAGGGGCCUCCGGGAUCCCCGCUGUUCCUCCGUUCCCUGCAAAAGCAGAUGCUGCAGCAGCAGCCCCUCACACCAGCCCAGCAUCACUUGCGGAUGGCACAGUCUGGGAGCGAAGGCAACAGCAGACCCGUGCCCUUGGAGGUGCCAGCCGAGCCUGCCCGCGUGGUACCAAUCACCCUGCUGACUGGCGAGACGGAGCCAGAACUGGAAAGCCUCCUGCCGGGCAUCGAGCCCACGGAGGUGGACGAGGUCGCCCGCCCUCUCAGCCCCACCCGACUCCAGCCAGUCCUCCCCCCCGAAGCCCAGAAGGUGCCUGAGUUCGAGGAGGUGGCCCGCGUCCUGGCAGAGAUGCCCCGGCCCCUGAAGCGGCGUGGUUCCAUGGAGCAGUGCCCCAGCGUGGCUCUGCCCCCCACCCACAAGAAGCAAUACCAGCAGAUCAUCAGCCGCCUCUUCCACCACCAUCCCCGCAGGGAGGAGGCCGUGCUGGUGGGGGAAGCAGCCCUGCAGGCAGAUCUUGUGCCCAUCAGCGAGGCCUCCGAGCAGAAGGUGCCCGGGACUUCCCUGGCUCCAGCGCCUGCGCCGCCCCCCCAAAGCCCCCUGAUUGCCACACCAGUGCCUUUCAUUCCAGACAUGCCAGAGAGUCCAGCAAUGAUCUCUCCUGUGCACAGCCUGGAGAAACGCUCGGCCCUGCGCAAAGUCUCCUCUCCACGGAAGCGGCUGAAGCAGAGGGCCCGCCUCAACCCCCUGGUUCUCCUUCUGGACGCAGCUCUGACUGGCGAGUUGGACGUGGUGAAGGAGGCUGUGGUGCAGCUGAAUGACCCUAGCCAGCCAAAUGACGAAGGGAUUACGGCACUCCACAAUGCCAUCUGCGGUGCCAACUACAACAUCGUGGACUUCCUCAUCAACAUCGGGGCCAACGUCAACUCUCCCGACAGCCACGGGUGGACCCCGCUGCACUGUGCGGCCUCCUGUAACGACACGGCCAUCUGCAUCGCUCUGGUCAAGCACGGCGCGGCCAUCUUUGCCACCACCUGCAGUGACGGGAGCAUGGCCAUUGAGAAGUGUGACCCUUACCGGGACGGCUACAAUGAGUGUUUCAGCUACCUGGCAGACGUAGAGCAGAACAUGGGGCUGAUGAACAAUGGGGUGGUGUACGCCCUCUGGGACUACAGUGCCGAGUUCAGCGAUGAGCUGUCAUUCCACGAGGGGCAACCGGUCACGGUGCUGCGCCGCGACGGCCAGGAGGAGAUGGACUGGUGGUGGGCGUCUCUCUAUGGCCAGGAGGGCUACGUGCCCAAGAACUACUUUGGACUCUUCCCCAGGGUGAGGCCCCAGCAGAAGAAAGCAUAAAGUUUUCGGGACGGGCUCUCCAUCGCUGCCAUCCUGGAAGGAACUCAAGAGACAUGCCUGGGCAGGAAACUGGGGCGCCA